AUGCCUCAGAACGAGUACAUUGAGGAGCACAUCAAGCGCCAUGGUCGCCGUCUCGAUCAUGAGGAGCGCAUGCGCAAGCGUGAGGCUCGUAGUGCUCACAGGGCUUCUGCUGUGGCCCAGAAGACCAUUGGUUUGAAGGCCAAGAUGCUUAACAAGAAGCGUCGUGCUGAAAAGGUGCAGAUGAAGAAGACGAUCAAGCAGCACGAGGAACGUGACGUCAAGAAGUCCACCGCACCCAGCAAUCCUGACACGGCGUUGCCGGCGUAUCUGCUUGACCGUGAGGGACAGAAGGACGCUAAGGCUCUAUCUAGUGCUGUGAAGGAGCGACGCAAAGAUAAGGCUGCGCGCUACUCUGUGCCUCUUCCGCAAGUACGUGGUAUUGCUGAGGACGAAGCGUUCAAGGUGGUCAAGACUGGUAAGCGUAAGCAGAACGGCUGGAAACGUAUGGUGACCAAGGCUACGUUUGUGGGUGACAACUUCACGCGUAAGCCGCCUAAAUUGGAGCGUUUCAUUCGCCCCAUGGGCUUGCGUUUCAAGAAGGCGCACAUUACCCACCCGGAUCUGAAAGCAACGUUCCAGCUUCCUAUUAUUGGUGUUAAGAAGAAUCCACAAUCGCCGAUGUACACGCAGCUUGGUGUGCUUACCAAGGGUACCAUCAUUGAAGUGAACGUGUCUGACCUUGGUAUGGUCACGGCUGGUGGUAAAGUGGUUUGGGGUAAAUACGCGCAGAUCACGAACAACCCUGAAAAUGACGGCUGCGUCAACGGUGUGCUCCUUUUGUCCUCAUGA